AUGAGUCAGGCUCCUGGAAAUCGAGCAAGUAACAUAGGGUCCUGGCCCAGAUUUCAUGGUGGCCAGAAAAGACAUGCCACCCUAAAGCAGUCUCUUUCUGCAGAUUGUAGCAGCCAGAAUUUGGUUCCUUGUGACACCUGUGGAAGACAUUUUGUACAAGAUGCGCUGUUGAGACAUCAGCCAAUAUGCAGAAAAGUGUUCAACAAAAAGCGCAAGCCGUUCAAUUCCUUAAAACAGAGACUACAAGGAACUGAAAUUCUAACUGUAAAGAGGAAGCCACCACCAAAGAACCAAGAGAAAAAAUCUAACUGGAGACAACAGCACGAGAACUUCAUUACUGCAAUCAGGGCUGCCAAGCUUGCCUCUAUAGCCAUGAAAGAAGGACGGCCCCUGCCUCCACCCCCACCUCCAACCAUUAAUCCAGAUUAUAUUCAGUGCCCUUACUGCAUGAGAAGGUUUAAUGAGGCUGCUGCAGAAAGGCACAUCAAUUUCUGCAAAGAACAAGCAGCCAGACGUGCCUUUGCUCCAGGCCAGAAAGGAGCCAAACAAGCCCCUGGGAAACAAGCUGCUUCAAAAAAAGAACCAACUUUAACAUGUGCUGUGGGAACUCUGCUCCAGAACAGGCCACAAGAAGGCACCAGUCCAAGACAACCUGAAACAGGAUAUGCUGUAGAACCUUCUGCUGGACCAGCACAGAAAAAAGUACCUAUUCCUUACGGGAAAGAACCUGGGUAA